CAGUCGGGAGAAUCCCAUGAAUAUUAAUGUCAACGCCACUCGGUGGAACCAAUAACAUUUCAGGAUAUACCUGUAGGAGCGCACAGGUGUGUUUUAGUGAACUGAAGAGUCAAAAAGCUCAAAUUCUGUUCCUGCUGCACAAGAGCGUCUGUACUUCAGCAUGUGAUGGUCAGCGGCUGAUUGUUUCCUCAAAACUCUGCUAAUGUCUGCAUUGGUGUUUUAGCUGCAGUAUGGCAGAGGAGCGAGUAAAGGACUCUCUCUCAGAGAAACACAGUGUGAGAUCAGGAUCAUGUAUGAAGAGUGACUGGUCUAAAGAGGAUCCACCAGAGUUCAGUGGGGAAACACCAUCACCUGCCCAAAUUGUAGAUUCAGGAUCAUAUGUGUCUAGCUCUGUGUCUCUGAAGAGUAACUGGUCAAAAAAUCAUCCACCAACCCUCACGGGGAAAGAACCAUCAUCUGCCAAAAGUGUUGAAUAUGAGUUACCAGAACCAAGACACAGGACUCACAGGAGGCACAAGAGUUUCACAGACAAUCUUGUGUGGAUCUUCCAGAAUCUUGAGAAUAAAAUUGACAGAUUUCUGAAGAAUGAACUUAAGAAGUUUAAGAAGAUCUUACAAGAAGAAAACAGACAAGACUUUGUAAAGAACUUUAAUGACAACAGAUGCAGAAUCACUGAAGCAGCUCUUGAUCUCACACUCUUCUUCCUGAGAGAUAUGAAGCAAGAUGAAGUUGCUGAUACUCUCCAGGGCGAGCUGUUCUUCAUUAACCAGUUAAAAUGUAGCAUGAAGAAGAAAUAUCAAAGUGUGUUUGAAGGAAUUGCUCAGCAAGGAGACUCCACACUUCUGAAUAAGAUCUACACAGAUCUCUACAUCACUCAGGGUGCGAGUGAACAGGUCAACACUGAACAUGAGAUCAGACAGAUUGAAGCUGCUUCCAGACGUCAUCAGUCACUAGAGAAGAAGAUUGAAUGCAAACAUUUGUUUGAAGCAGCUGAACAAGACGAGCAGAUCAGAACUGUCCUGACAAAAGGAGUUGCUGGCAUCGGGAAAUCAGUCUCUGUGCAAAAGUUUGUUCUGGAUUGGGCUGAAGGGAAAGAAAAUCAAGACAUCAGCUUCAUAUUUCCUCUUCCAUUCAGAGAGAUGAACUUAAAGGAGAAAGAA